AUGGUUAAUUCUGUGCCUGAAACAUCUUCGUCCACUACGUAUACUCUUGAGCCUUCUAGCCCGUUGUUUCUUCUUCCUUUUGAUGUCCCUGGCAUUUCCCUUAUUCCUGUGCCAUUCUCGGGGACUGGUUUUGGAAGAUGGAGACAGAAGGAAGAGGAUAAGGUUGAUCAAUUUCUCAUGGGUCUUAAUGAGGUCUACAUAGGGGUUAGAAGCAACAUUUUGAUGAUGCAGCCAGUUCCAUCCCUUGAUACUGUCUAUAACAUCCUGUUGCAAGAUGAAAAACAGACACAGGUGAACUUUGAUCAAACCAAGGUUUCUCUGCCUUGCAAGUAUUGUAAAAAACCUGGUCACACAAUUGAAAAAUGUUACAAAUUAUAUGGAUUUCCUCCAAAUUUCAAAUUUACAAAGGGGCAGUCUAAAAGAUUUGGUACUGCUGCAAGUGUUGAGGGGCAGUCUUCUGGGAUUUCUGAACCUCCUUCAUCAUAUUCUUCACCUGGGCAAGACUCUUUGGUUCCUGGCCUGACCAAGGAGCAGGACACUCAGUUGAUGAACCUGCUCCAACAGUUUACACUGGGUGAAUCUAGUUCUCAGCCAAUUCUCAUGGGCUCUGCCAAUUUUGCUGGUAUUAAUUCUUCUUCCCCUGUGUGUUUGAAUGGUAGUUCUACUAUGCGCAUGUUAACUAGUGUAGCUAUUCCCUCUUCUGCUCCUACUCCUUCUUCUUCUCCUUCUUUUCCUUUGUUCUAUGAUACUUCUCCCUUUGUUCCUAUCCCUCCUUCUACUACCUCCUCACCUUCUGGUGACUCUUUGCCUUCUUUUUCCUCACCUGAUAAUGUGUUACCCCCUCCUUCUAAGCUUAGGAAAAACACCAGAUCCCAUCAUCUUCCUUCCCAUCUCCAAGACUAUGUUGCUAACCUUCCUCCUUCUAUUUCUUGCUCCACCUCUACCUCUACUUCCACUACACAACUUGUUCCAGUGGAGCCUUAUUCAUACACUCAGGCUGCUGCCAUUCCUGUUAGGCAAGAUGCAAUGAGACAAGAAUUUACGGCUUUAGAGGCAAAUCAAACUUGGAAAAUUGUUGAGCUUCCUAUUGUCUGCAAGCUGCAAAAAUCUUUUUAUGGGCUAAGACAGGCCUCUCGACAGUGGUAUGCAAAGCUGUGUCAAGCCCUUUGUUCCAGGGGAUACUCUCACUCUUUAAAUGACUAUUUUUUGUUUGUUAAGAGAAUUGAGUCUUCUUCUAUUUUUCUAGCAGUUUAUGUUGAUGACAUUAUUUUAAUUGGGGAUGAUUUGUCUGAAACUUCUGCCCUUAAGAGUUUCCUUGAUGCUCAGUUUAAGAUCAAAGACUUAGGUUUGCUUAACUAUUUUUUGGGUAUUGAAGUAUUCUAUCACAAGUCUGGGGUCCUUUUGCAUCAAAAGAAGUUCAUUUCUAAUUUUCUUCUUGAGUUUAAUUGUCUUGAUGCUUCUGAAGUGGUCAGUCCUUUAGACAUUGCUCACAAGUUGCAUUCUGAUGUGGGUGAGCUAUUACCUAAGCCUGAAUCUUAUAGAAGUUUGGUUGGCAAGCUCAAUUUUUUGACUCAUACUCGGCCAGACUUAUGUUUUGUUGUCCAGCAUUUGAGUCAAUUUUUAAAGACACCUCGGGUCCCUCAUAUGGCUGCUGCUUUGCAUGUUUUGAGAUACUUAAAGGGGACUUCUACUUUUGGGGUGUUUCUCAGUAAUUCUCCUGAUUUCUCUCUGCUUGCUAGUUGUGAUAGUGAUUGGGCUGCUUGUCAUAAAUCUAGACGCUCUGUCACUGGUUUAUGCAUUCAUUUGGGUGGUAGUCUUCUUAGUUGGAAAUCUAAAAAGCAGAAUAUAGUCUCUUUGUCUUCAGCUGAAGCAGAAUAUAGGGCUAUGAGUAAAGUGGUGGCUGAACUAGCCUGGUUGGUCCGGUUAUUAUCUGAUUUGGGUCUUUCUAUUGAUGCUCCAAUUCCUGUUUUGUGCGACAGCCAGGAUGCUAUUCACAUAGUCAAGAAUCCGGUUUCAUGA